UCAGCAGUGUGUUGUCAUGAGGACGGUCAUCAUGUGAUCAGCUGAUCCUUUCAGUCUAAACUCAGACGGACGUCUCCUCGUUCCCAGAACACACGCGCGGCGAGCUAACGGCGACGUCUCCCCUCAGAGGCAUGGAGCGCAAGUUGGAUCUGUCGCGCCUCACCGACGAAGAGGCCAAACACGUCUGGGAGGUCAUCCAACGAGACUUCAACCUCCGAAAGAAGGAAGAGGAGCGUCUCGGGGACCUGAAAACCAAAAUCGAGAAGGAGGACACGAAGCGCGAGCUGCUGGGCUCCCAGAGCCAGCUGUCCGAGUCGCACUGCAUCCGCUGCCUGCAGCCCUUCCGCUUCCUGGUCAACAGCCGGCGGCCAUGUCUGGACUGCCGCAUGCUCACCUGCAAGGCCUGCAGCCGCUACAACAAGAAGGAGCACGGCUGGGUGUGUGACAACUGCCGCAUGACCAGGGUGCUGAAGAUCGGCACCGUGGGUUGGUACCACGACAACGUCAGGAAUCGCUUCAAGCGAUUUGGCAGCGCCAAGGUGAUGAGGUCACUGUACAAGAGGCUGAAUGGAGACGGGGGCCGUGAUGACGACACUCAGAGUAUGCCAGACGUCCGCAGCAGUGUGUAUAAUGGGAUGGAGGACGACCACGGAGAGGCAGAAGUUCAGCGCUACAAAGUGAUGAGGAAGAGUAAACGUCUGCUCUCCGUUCAUCCGCUGGACUUCGACCCCGAAGAAUAUUUCCCUUACUCGCGGCGGCCGUCCGUGCAGAUUCUGGAGGACCGCGCCCACAGGAAUGAUUUUGAGUUUGAUGUUUACAACCAGCGAGCAAACCGCCGCAGGAGCCUGGACCGCUACGCCAUGAGGAACGAAGAUAGUGGAGACAGCCGCAUGGUGAGGACUCGUUCCCUCUCUAAGAUCAGCUCCUCGGUGGCUCGGCAGCAGUACGUCGACACCUCGGACGAGGACGAGUACCCGAGGGACCACCCCACCCACCUGUACCCGCACCCCCCCCCCCACCGCCGCAAAAACAGCAGGGCCUCCUCUCAGGAGAGCCUGGGACAAGCCCCGCCCAUGAAUGAGCUGAACAAGCGCAUGUCGGCCAUCGAGAGUCUGCUGAACCGCCUGGAGGAGAAAAUGACGCCGGCCGACGAGACUGCGACUCGGCCCGGUCCGAGCGAGGAGGAGGAGAAGCUGAGGAGGAAGCUGAGCCAGCUGGCGGGGAACCUGAGCGACAAGGGCCUGUCCUCAGAGGAAGACGCCGAGAAGACGCCGGGCUCCAAAGGCCCGGCCGGGCUCCGGGGCCUGAAGCCCAAGGACAAAGAACUGAGCUCCUCCAGCGACGAGAUGCCCACCGAGGCGCAGAAGAGAUCGACCGCCGCCGCCCUCUGUGACCUCACCACCGAGGUCCUGAGGACCAUUAAUGCAACAGAAAGCGCGAUGGUCGAGUACGGCGCCUCAGAGCCGCUCGACAGAACCCACGUAGCGGGGGCCGACGUUAAGAUGGCUGACGAUGCUUUCAGGGAACUUGAGGAAAACGUCUACAUGGCGGCCGGUCAGUCGUUCGAUCUGGAGACGAAGCUGCGCCGGCUCGAGAAGGGCGCCAAGGCUCGCUUCGGGGGGGCGACGGACUCUGAGCUGUCGGAGCUGGAAGACGUGGUGGCGCUGACCGCCGCUCGAGUCCAGAGCGCCGAGAGCGAGGUGUCCGACAUCGAGGGAAAGAUCGCCGCUCUGAGCGCCGGUGGAUCCAAGAAGAAGAUUUCUGGAUCCCAUCAGAGGAAAAAAGCAACACAGGAUUUCUCCAAGGGAAACAACGGAGCUCAGUGGAAAUCCAACAUGUUCUGAAGCUGAAACCGUUGCUCCUGCGUGGCUCACUGAGUCAGUCGCAUCCUGUUCAGGACGAAGAUCCGGCUUUUCGGUUCCCCGAAGCAGGUUUGGCUGAAUCACCAUAGCAACGCAUGGACCAACUUGAACCUGCUCCAGACCCGUUAUGACAUCACUUCCUGUACGAGCGCCAUCGAUGCUGAAGACACGUCACAUGAUGGACACGCUGCAGCUGAGCGUCCACUGUCCCACACACUGUCCCACACACUGUCUCACACACUGUCUCACACACUGUCCCACA